AUGGUGUCCCGUAAGAAGCCCGAUUUCGUCUACUUGAUGGAAACUAAAGUAGAUCGGAGUCAUGCAGAAAGGUUACGUGUCAAGAUUGGUUUUGAGGGUCUGUUUUACGUAGAUAACGAUAGGAGAGGGGGUGGCUUGGCAUUAUUAUGGAAAAAGAAUAAUACUUCUAGGCUGUUGGGCUAUUCAAAAAACCAUGUGGAUGUGGAGGUGGUUGUGGGAGAUUUUAAUGACCUGUUAUAUCAGCAUGAGAAAAGAGGGGGGAACCCGCAUCCGGUAUGUCUCUUUAGGGGCUUUGGAGAUACUGUACACAAUUGCGGUCUCGUUCAAUUGCCAAUGAGAGGUCACCAGUUUACAUGGGAGAAGGGGAAAGGAACUGAGAGGUGGUUGGAGGAGAGGCUGGAUAAGGUUUUGGUGACAGCACAAUGGACUGAUUUGCAUGGUGAGGCUUGGGUUGAAAAUAUUCUUACUCGAAAAUCUGAUCACUCGGCUCUCUUCCUAAACACUGAUAUUGCACUGCAACAUUGUGGAGGGAGGCUCAUGCGGUGGGGUGGGGAACAUUGGCAUAAGUCCGGUGACCGCAUAAAGCAGUUGAGAAAGGAGCAGGAUGCGCUGCGUCAUAAGCGGGAUUCGGCUGCAUUGGCCGAGUUUCGCAAUCUUGAGGAAAGGCUGGGCCAAUUGGAGGUGCUGGAGGAUGUUUUUUGGAGGCAACGGGCAAAACAGCACUUGCUCCGCGGUGCGGAUUACAAUACCAAAUUCUAUCACAGGUAUGCUUCUGCCCGUAGAAGGAAAAAUUAUAUUCCUAGAUUGAAAAAUGAUGUGGUGCCUGGGUAG